AUGACGAGUAACGCGACGCUGCCACAUGCCGUUGCCCUCGCACAGGAGCUGGAGAUAGAGCUCCGGCACCUCGAUGCCCUUCAACAACACUACGCGCAGCUGCUCGUCCAUCAGCUGAGUAGCCUUGACUUUAUCGACGAGGGUGGCGCUUCUACUAUGGUUGCGGCGAAGGAAGCUACCACGGUUCACGACGGGGGUUGCGUAGUGGCUAAGCCUGAAGUAGCCGUUGCCACCACCUGCAUCAAGCAGCCAUCGGUAGUGCCGCUGCCUUGGAGGCACCACACCCUCGAUGCGGCAAGGGUUCUGCAGCCACCCUUUCGACACAGCGCUUGCCCUCUGCCUAGCACCAUCAGUGGCAGUUCUUCGCCUCUCCCACAAUCUUUGACGGCAACCAGUGUGCCACAGCCGCUUCCUUCACAACCGAAGCGAAGCGGCAGAAGUGCUGUAAAGCCAGUGACGCCUCGGCCCAACGCUGACAAGACCUGCAACGACCUGCCUCGGCAACAGCCUCAUGUCGCAGCUGCACCGGUUGUGCCCGUCUCAGCCAAGGACGAGGCGACACGACGAGCGCGACGGGCAUUACGAUUCAUUCGCGAGGAACGGGAUGCCUACUUCAACGCGAAAGCCCGGCGUGCCGAGGAGCUGCUGCGCGAGGGGCGCGAGGCUGCGCGAAAAAACCGUGCGCGUCGGCAGGCUGACAUGGCACAGGCCCUCCCCAAGGCUGCAUGA